AUGGCCACCCUUCCCGACCCCGACAAUAAACCGGGGCCUACACCCUCCCACCGCCCCACCAAACGCGACGACCUCCUCGAAAUCGAAGCCACCCGCGAUCUCACCGCCGCCGAACACGCCCUUGGCUUCUGGCCCGCCAUCCGCCAAUACCCACAAGCCACCUUCUGGUCCAUGUUCUUCUGUCUCGCCGUCGUCAUGGCCGGCUACGACGCCCAAAUCAUCACCUCCUUCUACGCGCUACCCGCUUUCCAGCAGAAAUACGGCAGUCCCCGUCGUAGUGACAUCCCCUCUGGGGGACCGGAUAUCGAGUACGAAGUGCCAGCCCCCUGGCAGACAGCGCUGGGGAUGGGCAACCCGAUCGGGCAGAUCCUGGGUGCGUUAGCGAGCGGGUAUCCACUGGAGCGGUUCGGCCGGCGGUGGACGCUGGCGGCGUGUUGUGUGUGGAGUAUUGGGUUGGUGUUUGUGCAGUUUUUUGCGACGAGUGUGGGGAUGUUGUGUGCGGGGGAGAUUUUGGGCGGGUUGGCGUAUGGGUUUUAUGUGGUGAUUGCCCCGACGUAUUCGUCUGAGAUAUGUCCGUUGGCGUUGAGAGGGUUUUUGACGACGUCGGUGAAUUUGGCGUUUGUGAUCGGGCAGUUUGUUGCGCAGGGGGUUGCGGCCGGGUUAGAGAGUCGGUUGGAUCAGUGGGCUUAUAAGGCGCCUUUUGCCCUACAAUGGCUCUGGCCAGUCAUCAUCCUGAUCGGCCUCCCCUUCGCACCAGAAAGCCCAUACUGGCUCGUCCGACAGGGCCGCAAUGCCGAUGCGCGCCAGUCCAUUGUCCAGUUAUCGUCGUCCAAGAACCCGCCCGACGUCGACCAAGUGCUGCUGGGCAUCGAGCAGACGGAUUUGCUCGAGCAGGAGCUGGAGGCCAGCAGCUCGUACUGGGACUGCUUCAAGGGGGCCAACCUUGUGCGCACCGAGAUCUCCAUUAUGGUGUAUCUCAUCCAGGUUAUUGGAGGGAAUCCCCUGAUUGCGUACGCGACGUACUUUUUUGAGCAGGCGGGGUUAAAGUCGUCCGAUGCGUUUAACAUGGGCGUCGGGAACACGGCACUAGGCUUCGUUGGGACCAUCACAUCCUGGCCGCUCAUGAACUAUUUUGGCUUGGGCCGCCGCACCAUCUACAACUCCGGCAUGAUCUUCAUGACCAUCCUCCUCUUCGUGAUCGGCUUCCUUAGCAUCCCGACCAACAACACCGCCGCGGUCUGGGCCAUGGCCACGCUCAUGGACAUCUGGACUUUCACCUACCAGAUGACCGUCGGCCCCAUCUGCUUCGUCAUCCUCGCCGAGAUCUCCGCCACACGUCUGCGCAGCCGCACUAUCGCCGUGGCUACCGCUGUGCAAGCCGCCGCUACGAUUGUCACGACGGUCGCGAUGCCGUAUAUCUUUAAUAGUGACGAGGCGAACUGGGGUGGGAAGGCCGGGUUCUUGUUUGGGGGGAUUAGUUUGGUGUGUUUGGGCUGGUGUUACUUUCGGUUGCCCGAGAGUCGGGGCCGGACGUUUGAGGAGUUGGAUAUUUUGUUCCAGAAGAAGGUCCCGGCGAGGCAAUUUAAGCACUAUGACUUGCAUGUUGAGGAUGAGGCUGCGAGUCAGGGGUAG